AUGACGAAACUGACGACCUGCAACUCUCGACGCGAGGCGACCUCCAUCGACACCACCAUGACCCAACCGGUAGUCAUCAGCUCUGACGAAAUCGCCCAACAGCCCUCAGAACAUUUCCCAGAUGUUCGACACGGCUCCGGCCUCAACUGGAAAACCCUGCUCUCCUCUUCAAAGACACCCACCGACACUCUCACAACGGGCAUCGCGACCUGCGCCCCUGGCAACAGCCUCCUCUGCACGCAUCAGCAUACGCACGCGGAGAUCUACUACGUUAUCCGCGGUUCGGGCGUUGUGGAGAUUGAGGGGAAGGAAUUUGACGUGAAAGAAGGCAGUGUGGUUUUUAUUCCGUCGGACGCAAAGCAUGGGGUGAGGAAUGCAAGUGGGAGUGAGGAGUUUGUGUGGUUGUACGUUUUUGCGGCCGAUGGGUUUGGGGAGGUUGAGUAUCGGUUUUUGACGGAUGGGAGUUGA